GUAUUCGUUUGCCGGAGACUUUCAGAAGUGAUUCCUUUGACAAGAAAAUAACGAUAUACCACAAAUCACUCCCGAAAGGACAGGAGCAACGAACGGAUCGGAUCAAUCGCCUGGUGGAGGUUUUGCCUCUUCUCUGGGACUUCCUUAAUUCAUACUCCUCGCGCGCUCCUUUUAUCUGAGAACUAGAGAGAUUUCUGAAAGAAAAAAAACAACAGUAGGCGAGAGGAAGAAAGAACACUUGUUUGAUUGGUUGAUGCCUGUUUGUCUUCUCUAAAAUAUUGUCUCUUUCUUUUUAAGUGACGUUUAAUGACUUCUGGCAGCGCUCCUUGAACCAGAAGACACCCAGCGCUUCUCAUCCUCUUGGCUCCCCCUCGUCACUUUCACCUGAUGGUCCAGGAACACGUAUCUUCUUCACAAGAGUUGUUGACGCACAGGUUACUGAUCCCUGGAUGUUGACAGCUCCUUUUCCCAGUCCACGAGCAGACCCUCAUAUCGUUCAUAUUUCUCUCGCUCUCUCGUUACCGAGAGAAAACUAAAAAAAUAAGUGAUAAACAUUACGCCUAACCAUCUCUAUCGCCGUCUAUGUGAUCAAAAGCCACGGGGAAGGAAGGAAAAGGAAACGAUAGAGAGAGGGGGCGAGAGGGAAAUAGUGAGUGACGGGAGGAGGAACCGUGAGUUUUGAUGUUUGGGAUCCAGGAGAACAUCCAGAGGAGCGGAAGUAUUAUGAAAGAAGAGUCCAUGGUGGCCGGGAUGAACGCUGUUCGGAGCUGGAUGCAGGGCGCCGGGCUGCUGGACGUCAGCACAGCCGCCCAGAGCGGCGUGGCUCUGGCCCGGGCACAUUUCGAGAAGCAACCGCCCUCCAACCUCCGCAAGUCCAACUUCUUCCACUUUGUGCUGGCUCUGUACGACAGACAAGGCCAGCCGGUGGAGAUCGAGAGAACCAGCUUCGUUGGAUUUGUUGAAAAGGAAAAAGAAACGCCAGGGGAAAAAACCAACAAUGGGAUACAGUACAGGUUACAGCUCCUAUACAGCAAUGGUAUCAGGACAGAACAGGACUUUUACGUGCGCCUCAUCGAUUCCAUGACCAAACAGGCGAUCAUCUAUGAGGGACAGGAUAAGAACCCUGAGAUGUGUCGGGUUCUACUGACUCACGAGAUUAUGUGCAGUCGGUGUUGUGAUAAGAAGAGCUGUGGCAACAGAAACGAGACGCCCUCUGACCCCGUCAUCAUUGACAGGUUCUUCCUCAAGUUCUUCCUGAAAUGCAACCAGAACUGUUUGAAGAAUGCAGGGAACCCACGAGACAUGAGACGCUUUCAGGUGGUGGUGUCUACCACGGUGAGUGUGGACGGACAUGUCCUCUCUGUGUCUGACAACAUGUUUGUCCACAACAACUCUAAACACGGUCGCCGGGCCAGGAGACAAGACCCUUCAGAAGGAACACCCUCGUACCUGGAGCAUGCCACCCCUUGUAUCAAGGCCAUCAGCCCCAGUGAGGGCUGGACUACAGGCGGGGCGACAGUCAUUAUCAUUGGAGAAAACUUCUUUGAUGGACUUCAGGUCAUAUUUGGUACCAUGCUGGUCUGGAGUGAGCUCAUCACAGCCCACGCCAUCCGGGUGCAGACUCCCCCAAGACACAUCCCUGGGGUUGUAGAGGUCACUCUGUCAUACAAGUCUAAACAGUUCUGCAAGGGCACACCUGGACGCUUCAUAUACACAGCGUUGAAUGAGCCCACUAUAGAUUACGGCUUCCAGAGGUUGCAGAAGGUCAUCCCCAGACAUCCAGGAGACCAGGAGAGACUACCUAAGGAAGUCAUUCUAAAGAGAGCGGCAGACUUGGUAGAAGCGCUGUACGGGAUGCCACACAACAACCAGGAGAUGAUUCUGAAGCGGGCAGCAGACAUGGCAGAGGCGUUGUACACAACGUUGCCACGCAGCCACAACCAGCUGACUGGGAUGGGCAGCGGCUCCGUCCACGCCGGCAUGAUGGCCGUCAACUCCUUCCCCGGGUCAGAGGUCACACAGAUAGCCAAUCAGGGUUACAGUAGGAGUAGCAGCAGUGCAUCUCCUCAUGGUUAUGUCCCCAGCACCACUCCACAGCAGACCAGCUACAGCUCUGUUUCCACUAGCAUGAACGGCUACACUAACUCUGGCAUGACCACGCUAGGAACCUCACCCAACUUCCUCAACGGGUCAGCCACCAACUCACCCUAUGCUAUCGUUCCCUCCAGUCCCACCAUGGCCUCCACCACCAAUCUUUCAUCCAACUGCAGUAGUUCUUCAGGCAUCUUCUCCUUCUCUCCGGCCAACAUGGUGUCUGCUGCGGUCAAACAGAAGAGCGCCUUCGCCCCCGUUGUACGGCCGCAGACCUCCCCUCCACUCACCUGCACCAGCGCUAUUGCUAACGGACUGCAAGUAGAUCAGUCUUUUGUGGACUCUAGCAAGUACUCCUCCUCCAGCUCUCUUCAGGGUCUGGCCUUCUCCUGAAUGAUUCCCGGGAUAAUUGUUCCAUCCAUGAAGAUCUGUGAACGUUGAGGAUUUGGGAAUGUUGACAGGAAGAGAACAUGUCUGAUGUGUCUCUGUGUCACACUCCUACCCUCUGGACCGGAAUAGAAUACUGAACUCAAAAUGGAAGCCUUGUUAAACUCAGGCCUUUGUAGAAGGAAUCUCAUUGGAAGGAAGAAGGAUGAAGAAGAGGAUGACAAUAACAUUUUUGAUGUAAUUUCCUUUCCCGGUGAAUUUGUGAACCUUCUCAGACACAACUUGGAGUCAAAUAAUAAAGUUAUUUCAAAUCAAUUGAACUGAAUUGAACAGAAUUUGAUUUAAUGGAAUUGACAAAAUACUGUAUAAUGCCUCAUGACCCUGUCCACACCCCAACUGAGUGAUAAUAUGUAUGACCUCAUGACCCUGUCCACACCACAGUUCAGUGACAAUAUGACUGACCUCAUGACAAAAGCAUUUAUUUAUGUUUUCUGUGUAUUUAUUGGUAUAAUGUUUAAGUUUGAUCUAUUGUAUGCCUUCUUACAGACUGUAACACGUACAAACAACACUGAAGCUGAUUGGCUUUAAGGGUUUGUGUAAGUAGAUAGCUCCAACAUGACUGGAUAAGAGUUAACAGGGGUUGGAACAAAGUUGUCUCGUAUCAGUUUACAUUUAGUAACUGUAAACAAUGUAUAGCCUCAAAACACGGUUAAACUUAGAAUUUCCAUCUCGUGGCUGGUCAGUCCUUGCAUCCAUAGCCCUCUCUAUGGAUUUGAGAGUAGUUAAAUAUCUCCAUCUCAUGGCUGGUCAGUCCUUGCAUCCAUAGCCCUGUCUAUGGAUUUGAGAGUAGUUAAAUAUCUCCAUCUCAUGGCUGGUCAGUCCUUGCAUCCAUAGCCCUGUCUAUGGAUUUGAGAGUAGUUAAAUAUCUCCAUCUCAUGGCUGGUCAGUCCUUGCAUCCAUAGCCCUCUCUAUGGAUUUGAGAGUAGUUAAAUAUCUCCAUCUCAUGGCUGGUCAGUCCUUGCAUCCAUAGCCCUGUCUAUGGAUUUGAGAGUAGUUAAAUAUCUCCAUCUCAUGGCUGGUCAGUCCUUGCAUCCAUAGCCCUGUCUAUGGAUUUGAGAGUAGUUAAAUAUCUCCAUCUCAUGGCUGGUCAGUCCUUGCAUCCAUAGCCCUCUCU